GGUGGGCUACGGAGAGCUGGGGUGCUUUUUGGAGAGCAGCAGUUCUCGACAAACGCAGUUCGCAGCGCUUGAUUUAUCGCAGCGCUGGAGAAGUAUAUCGGCUGCGUCACCUAGACAGCGAACGCGCACUUGUGCGGUCCAAAGCAAGCAAUUUUGAUGCGAUGAUGCUUGCUGGCAUCCCUAGUGCCUUAUACCGCUAGCUCCGCCGGCUUUUGGGUCUGCAUUCAUCGUCCACUCUGCGGCUGUGAGCAGUUACGGACACCGUGGACUUCACCCACACGCUGCCACUGGUGGAACCGCGCGCCGCUCGGCCGCCUCCGAGCGGUCUGCAGCUGAACAAUUCAAAGCACUGCCUGCCAAGCCCAACGCGGCCGGCGACCGCGCAUCGUUACCUCGGCGGUGUCGCGCUUCAUCGCUAAGAAUGGCCACUAUCGACCUCACUCUCUCGGACGACGACGCGCCGCCCGCCGCGCCGGUGGUCCACGACUUGACGCUGGACUCGGACUCGGACGCCGAGCAGGCGCCUGCGAACGCGGGCGAGGCGCCGCAGCUCGCGCCCGCGGCGGCGGACGACGGCGACGCGCCGAUGGUGGCCGCACCACCGCCGGUCGACGCGCUGGCGGCGCCGGAGGACGCCCAGAUGGCGCCCGCGCCCGAGCCGCCGGUCGACGCGGACGACGCGCCGCGGGCGCCCGACGACGCGGCGCCGGACGAGACGCUGGACGAGCCGCAGGCGCCGCCGCGGCGCGCGCGCGCCGCGAGCGAUGCGAGCGAUGCUGGCGAGCCCAAGCGGCAGCGCGUCGACGACGGCGGCGCCGCGCCCGCGCCCGCGCCCGACGAGAGCGAGGGCGAGGCGAGCGAGGCGAGCGACGAGAGCGGCUCGAAGCGCGGCGACGAGGGCGACGGCGAGGCCGCCCCGCCGCCGCCCGACAGGCGGCGGGAUCGGUACGGGGGCGACUACAAGUACGAUCCGUACGGACCCUUCGGCGGCGGGCCAGCGGCCGACGCGGCACCCGCGCCGGUCGCCGCGGCCGCCCAGCCCCCAGCAUCCGACUCCGACUCCGAAGUCGAGGUCAUGGCCGCGCCGGCGCCGGCGCCCGCGCCGGCCGACGACCCCGACGAGACGCAGAUGGAGGACGACGACGACCUGCGGCGCGCCCUCGAGGCGUCGCGCGCGUCAGUGGAAGAGGACGCGCAGCGCCGCCGGAGGAGCUGGAGCACUGACGACCGCACGCCGCUGACCGUCGCCGAAUAUUAUUCCUGCUUCCAGGCCGCCCAGGACAACACGGGGCACACCCUCGAGGACAUCGAGGAGGGGUCCGGGGUACGAGCUGGCAAUGGGCCCGGGUCGGUCAGGGCGGACGGCCAGGGGCGGGCGCAGUACGGCCGGAUCCUCACGGGCGCGACGGAGAAGGUCGCAAACGAGCUCGGUAUUACGGAUAAAGACACGGCGCUCGAUAUUGGUAGCGGCGUCGAGAAUGUGCCGCUCCAGAUCGCCGCGACGUUCGGCUGCAAAGCACGCGGGUUGGAGCUGAUGGAGAGCCGGGCCGUCGUGGGCACGGCACUCGAUGUUGAACUGGCCGCGGUGAUCAACGAACGGCACGCGCUCAGGCGCUGCGGCGACUGCCGUUUGGAGUGGGGCAACAUGCGCGACGAGCAGUGGUGGGAUUUUCUCACCAAAGCGGAAGAAGGCGGCCACAUGAAGGUCUUCGUUAAUAAUUUCAACGACGUCAUGGGCCACCGGUCGACCGAGACCCGGGACGGGCCGACCCUCGACGACCGCAUCUGCGCGAUCUUCGCCGCGAUGCAGCCCGGGGCACGCAUGCUGACCUUGAAUAGGAUGCUCGCGCUGGGCCCGUCGCGCGACCAGGCCAAUGCUGUUCGCGAGCAGCGCGGCCUCGAGCCGUCCGCCGACGCGUCGUUCUUUUCCGAGCGGAAAGUUACAUUGACGCCGCAGCCGUGGCCCUGGGCGCCCGAGGGCGAGGACGUCGUGAGCUGGGGCGGGAGCGCCAUCGAGGCGUACGUUUACGAGCGCCUCGGCGGCCAGAGCCUGCCCGGGGGCGCCGCCGCCUUCCUCUGCUCCGCGAGAGGUUGCCAAAUGGGCAACCAUUCGGCGACGGCGGUCCUCGACGACGAGAGCCACGAGCUGGUCACGGAGUGCGUGUACUGCGGGGAGGAGCGGCGCCCGGCGCCGCGGGAGCGGCGCCAGGUGUCGCAGUCGUCGCGCGGCUCGGGCGAGUCGGCGAAGACGCGCUAGCUAUGUAAUAUGAAUCAAAUGA